UCAUGAAUAUUUAUAAGGAACAGCUUGAUCUUUGCUAUUGGAUCACGUCACGCGGUCGAAGUUUCGGUCGUAGAUUUUAACUUUUCUUCAAAAUAUUAGCCUAAAUAAAGCCAAAUUUCAUGGAACAUCAUGAGUUAUGGACCAGAUUGCGGCUAAUUGCUGAAUGACAUGCCGUCAUAUAUCGACUAGCUAGGUAGGAAGGCCAGUGUCUGAAGCACCGCUCACUCUUCACAUCAGUCUUCAGUCCCAUAUGCUACAUUCUGUGUUCGUAGGUUUUAACAUCUUGAAGUCCAUUUCCUGGUAAGAUGUAUAGUGGAGAUGACUGUGAAGAAACGGGGGAGGAUGUGGAGUUGGAGCGUUAUGGAUUGACAGAAGGACAGAACUCGGGAUCAGGAGAGUCAGACACAGAGGAUGCCCUCUAUAGACAGGUUCAUUACAACAUCGGCAAUGACAACAAUAUUCAAAGCACCGCGCAAGGGGACUCAGAGUCAAAUAUUGGAAUAGAGAAAAGCCCACCAGCUGUAAAUCCCGGAAAUGGCGACAAUGGUGAGACUAGUUUGGACACUGCUGACUUUCUGGUUGCUUCCGAUAACGAUGACGACGAUGAUGAUUUGGAGAAUAAUUGGAGAAGAGUAGGAAAUGAUAGUAAGUACAACGUGAGCUUCAGAACUAAGACCAAACAUGGUAUUGCAGACAUACAAAGUAGCCGGAAGAAGAAAGCUGUUUUCAUCGUGAAGGAUGAUUCAGGAUCUGAUGUAAUUUUCUUAGAUGUGAAAACCAAAGCCCAAGAGAUAAAAUGUGAAGAAAAGGUGAAACAGGAAGAGGGGAACCCUAGGAAGAGAUCGUGGAGGAAAACAUCCGAUGAUGAUGAGGAUAGGACAAAGGUCACCAAGAUAGAUCGGACUAGAUUUUCCUCUGCACGUCAGGCUACAGAACCUUCAGCCACCUCGUCCAGAACUUCCAAGGUGGUGGUCAUUGCUGAUGACUCUUCGUCAAGCUCUGUUGUGGUGUUGGACUCGUCGGAGAGAAGCGAAGAAGACGUUGCGAAACCCAAACAGCGUCCUCUAAAGGAUGGCGGUGAGUUCUUCCUGGAUAGCAAAGGUAUGGCCUUAGAGGAUGUCCACAGGGAAAAGGACAGCGCUGAGCUGGGGUGGAAGGCGGAGCGGAUGAAGACCAAAGCGAUGUUAAAGGAAGGCGUCGAGAUCAUCGACCUCAGCAGUGGGGAGGAGGACUGCAUGGUCAUUGGGUCGUGCAGUGAAGAGGAAGGUUUGCACGUCCACUUUGAAGGAAAGGGAGAUCAGACUUUACCUGAUAAAAAGGAUACUUCUAGGAUAAGCAAGUGGAAAGGCAGAGAGAAUGUAGCACCGGGCCGUUACUUUGUGCAGUCGAGACAGAAGCACAUCAGGUGUCAUAACUGCAAUGAGAUGGGGCACCUUAAAUCAGAAUGUCCAAAGCCUCUUCAUAUUCCCGCAUGUGUACUGUGUGGGACAAGAGGUCACACUGACCGAAACUGCCCUGAUCAGCUCUGCUUCAACUGCUCCAUGCCCGGUCAUCAGUCCAGAGCUUGCCCGGUCAAGCGACACAUCCGCUAUGCCAGGUGUACCCGAUGCCAGAUGCAGGGACAUCUGCGGAAGAUGUGCCCAGACAUUUGGAGACAGUAUCAUUUAACAACGGAGCAUGGCCCCAUAGUUAGACCCUCCAGCCAACACCAUAGAACCAAGCAGAAAGACCUGUACUGUAGUAACUGCAGCAAGAAAGGCCACAGAUAUUUUGACUGCCGCUCCGGGAGGUUUGACGAGUUUGUUGUGUUUACGUACGACAAGGUGUGCCUGUAUGACAGGAAGCACAUCGGGAAGAUGGUGUACCCAGCCGAGAACAAGAAUGCAGAAUACCUUAAACUCUGUAGAGAACGCGAAGGUGGUGCACCAACGAGUAACACAAAGAAAAAUUCAGCAAGUAUCACCGAGAAGGAUUCAACGACAGUCACACAAGAACCUACAAUUAAUAUCACAAAGAGAGUUUCAUCAGGCCUCGCAGGGAUUUCAACAACAAGUAUCAGAAAGGAAAAUUCUCAGCCUCACUCAAAUAAAAGAAAGCUCUCACAGGAAAGAGAAAAAGAGGAAGAACCCAUUCAAGAAAAGGAGGUAGAGUUCAAGUUCAAGUUCAUCGAGAAAGAUCAGACUAGCAAGAAAAAGGUUCUGAACCCUGUCCAUACGUUUGUCAGGUCAGGUCUAUUCGGCGGGAGGAAGGGUAGAUGUUGGGCAAAGCAAGAUGAAGAUGCCAUAUUCCCGAGUGAAAGGAACAUGGAAGAGAUUGUGUGGGCGCCUGAAGAAAAACCAACAAAGGCAGAGAAGAAGGCAGAGAAGAAGGCACAGAGGAAAGCACUGAAUCGGCAAAAGAAACAAGAGGCAAAAAGCAAGAGAUUGGAGAAGCCGGAGAAUGCGGCACAGGAUCUUGCCGAUGCAAAGCUGAUCAAGCAUUCAGCAGUCGUAGCUAUGAAUGCGGUGAAGAGAGAAAUCAGAGCAGCACUAAUGAAAAAGAAAGAGAAAGCCGCACCUAUUCCUAAGGAAGUGACUGCUUUAAUGUCAAAGGAACAGAAGAAUGCGAUAAAGAAGAAAAGGAGAUCUAAAGAAAAACAGGAGGUUCAGUUGGCGUUGAAAGAAAGAAAGGAAGCCGAUGUAGGAGUAAGGAAGGUAGCUAGGGUGUUUAAAGAAGCGCAGAAGCUUUGCCGAGAGGCGAAGAAGAGGAAAAGAGAAGUAGACCAGGCCAGGAGAGCUCAGUAUGUACCUCGAGACAGGCAAUAUCCUGUGCAUCAAGAGCCGGGGUAUGCCACGUCACAAAGAGGAUUCAACCUAAAUAACCGCUUGUUGGAAGGCACUCAUCACACUCAUCAUCAGAAUAAUCGAUGGACGCCGCACCAAGCUGAUCCGUGGGACCAACCCUUUCCUCGAAGCAAUGCCACAUACGAUUUAACUAAUCGACUGUUCUGCAACUCUCUUGAUAGACCAUACAGUCCUACCUUUAUGGAGCAACCACACAGUAACAGUCCUGGCUUUGUUGAUGGCCCAAACAAUCAUAGCUUUACAGAAAGUCUGCACAGCGGCAGUCAGAGCUUUAGUGGUCCAAAGGGGAAGAGGAAACGGAACAGAAGGAAACGUAAGAACAAGCAAAUGGGAUCAUGAAACAAGCAACACAAAGCUAAAACAUUGAAGAAUGUUGAGUGAAAAUGGGAGGAAUUUGGAAUCUUCGUCAUGAAUCCUAUAUUUUAUUUUUUACCGAAAGUGCCUUUUGAAUCCUGUUUCUACCUUCUCCCGACAUUUUAUUCCUGCAUUUUAAUCUCAAUAUAAUUUCCCUGCGUUGUAUCUCGAUGAUAGAGGAGUUAAUGAUUUCAGGAGAAAAACAGCGGCAACAAACUAUUUUCAAAUGUUUCUGGUUAUAUUUUGAUAGUAAUAGCUAAAAAAAAAGGAGCAAAAAUGAGAAAAGAUAACAAAAAAGAAUAGAUACUUCUUUUUGUAUCAUGUUAUGAAAGAUUGUUACCUUCAAAGUCAAUGAGAACAAUCUUUGGUAGAAUUAUAAAGAUAAUUCAAUGUUAAUGUUCCAUAAAGAAAACCAGUUUUAACUUUUCAUAAUGUUCAAAACUUUUUUUUCUUUCUAUAAUUCUAGAAAAGUGAAAUGAUUAGAUGAUAAUUUGCAACUCAGUUCUUUAAUAGAUUAAGCCUCACGAAUUUGACCAUCACACAAACUGUUGCAGAAGCAACUCUAAACCCAACCCCAUAUAUUGGAAUGAGUAUAAGUUAAUGUCCGUGAAGCAAAUGUCAGGACAUUGGGUAGGUCAAACUUGUAAGAAGCAACAACCUGUUUUACCUGAACUGUUUAAUUUCUCUUUUUAAGUUAAUUAGUUCCAUCAACAAGUAAUGUUUGAACCAGAACAAUAUUGCAUUUUUUUUGUAAAAACAAUUUGAAUGCCAAUUCCAGUUUAAUUUUCAUCUUUUGCAGGAAUUCAAUUUUUUUUUUCUUUCUCCAGUGUGUUUACAACACCAACGUUUUCAACUUUUUAAUUACAUACAUUUUGCUCAAUGCUGGAUGCAUUUGAUAUGGAUAUUUUCUACUGAUUAUUUGUAUUAAAUUUUAAUUUCAAGAAUCAUUAAAGGUCCAGCUCUCUAUCAAACUAGGAGGUGUUAUAAGUACAAAUCAUUAUUUAAUUUUUACCCCUUGGAAUACUUUAUUUCAUUGUUAUGUAUUACAAGGACCCCUAGCGUUACAUUGUAAAAGAUUUGAGAUAUGAAUGAGAAAAAAACUUAUGUUAAGUUCACCCUUGUAUGGUGAAAUUCAUACUCACAAGUUCUGAAUAAAAUUAAUUAUGCAGCAUAAGA